UGAGGAUGUAUGAAAAAAAAAACAUCACAAAGUUAAUGAAAAGGCCUACCAUUUCCCACAAACAAUCUCUUCCUUUACAAUCAAACAACAACACUCUUUGAUCAAAAACAUCUCUUAAGCAUAAAAGUUCACUACUACUUCCGCUCAAGUUUCCCACAAAAGACAAUCAAGCCUCAAAAACUACACUAUCCUCAUCGCUCAAUGUUCAAGUAAACUUACAAAAUAUACUAUAAAGACAAACCAUUAAACCGAGUAUUGGAUGAUUCACACUAAUCUUUCAUAUUAAUCAAACCCAAAGUCAAAACAUCUCUAACACUAAACUGAAUUAAAUCAACGGGCAAAGCUAAUUACAAAAAUUAGAUAAAUACUACCUCUGUUUUUAUUUAGUUGCAACGUUUUGACUUUCACGCUUGCCAAUGUACAAUUUUAAAUCAUUUUAUCUCUAAUUGUAUGUAAGUAAAAAUUAUAAAAAUUUGAUAUUAUGAAAGCUUACAUCGAAACGAAUCAAACAAGACCCCACAUGACUAUAUUUUGUUUAACAUAUAAAUCAAUAAAUGUGGUCAAAUAAGAGAACAUGAAUAGUGCAAUAUGUCAAACGUUGCAACUAAAAAAGAACGGAGGUAGUACAAAUGAACAUCUCACUAUGCGCAGACCAUGUAGCACUAGUUCCCAGCUACCUACCGUUACAAAAAUGAAAUCAAGCCUGCAAAGGAACACAAGGACUGUUCUAAACUAUCUCCAACCCAGAAUUUUUUUUUGGUUGACUUUUUAUAUUAAGCUUGUUAUGUACUUCGUUCAUUUCAUAUUUGUUUUAAAGAAUGCAUGUGAAGAUGUAAGACAUAAAAUGAGGGAUUAUGAAUUUCUUUUUAAUUUUUUUCUAUUAGUACUAAACCUUAAAUAGAAAUAGCUCAAAUUAAUUUAAUUCCGUGGGAGAAUCAACUAGUAGUUAAAGUAGAACGGUCAAAUAAAUUGUGUCGUGUCUAUUUCAUGUUCGUGUCUUUUACUAAUUCUGUCAAAAGGCCUCAAGAAUAACUGAAUUUGUAUAACUUAUUAUGUCAAAACCCCUUGACACUAACCCGAUCCGUUUAGUUAAAUAGUUAACUAUGUUGAACCAUUUGACACACGUAUUCAAAGAUCCUAAAAAAUCAACAACAAAUUGAUUUUUUUUAGGUCCAAUAUUUAUCAAGCCAUGUUUAUUUAGGUCAUAACUUGCUAGUAUUUUGAGAAGAUUUAAAGAAUUCAUUAAUAUUUUGACGGCUUAUACACUAAAUGGUGCUAAUAUGUUAAUUUUCCUAUAUUUUAAAGUCAAACGUGUAAAUUCGUGUCAUCUCAACACUAACCUAUCCGGCUAUCCCAUUUUAUUAACGAUAAAACACAUAUUGGCCCGUUUAUAUAAGCAUGUCUUAGAAGCUUGGCACUAACUUAUUUUUUUCGUAUCCGGUUCAUGUCGUAUUAUCGUGUUGUGUCAACUUUUGACAGCUACUAGCAGAGGUGGUUAAAAAGUUCGGACCUCAUCUACUACAUUAUAUUAUACUAUAUUGAUCUGGGUAAUUAUUACUCUGAGAUAGUCAAACUCACAUCACAUGAGAAAAGAAAUGGCAAAACUCUACAAAAUUAGCUCUAUACUAAUGGCAGCCCUUUUCCUUGCUUCUGCAUCUGUUCAGUUUAAUGACCCAGAUUGGUAUCUCUGGAUUCCUCUGUAUUGUUGUGCUGCUUAUACUAAUCUGAUGAGAAGCUUAGCAAGUUGUCCAUCCGAAAGAACUACAGCAACAGGUAAACUGACACUUGGGAUUGGCAUUUUCUUGCUUAGUAAGGUGAUUUUGGAAGACAAGUUUGGGAUCUGGUCACUUGAUAUGAGACAUAGAUUAGUUAGAGAGAAAAUUGGAAGUGUGUUAGUCAUUUCUUCUUUGAUUUUGCAAUUAUUAUUGAAGAAAGAUCCUUAUACGAAGAAGAUGAAUAUCAAAUUCGCAUCGCACGUCGAAUAUGGGAUGACACUUUUGGUGGGGAUAAGCUAUGGCCUCUCCCUUGUCUUUCUAGUGUAUCAGGAAAAAGAGAUGCAAUUUUGAACAAUCCAACUGUUGAAGACAAUGUUUAUAGCUAGCUACUUAAAACGAUAUGUUCUCAUUUCAUGCUUCAUUUCAUUAGGGAAAAAAUGUCUUCAUGGAGCUACAAAAUGACUGUAUAGAAGGAAUUUAAUCAUAAGUUUUUGUAGCCACUAAGCUAGAACUAUACAAGACAAGCCCAAGUACAUCUUGACUCCUUGAGCCACUAUUGAAGUGGAAUAUAUACUAGUGAAAGUAUUGGGUCAGACCGUCUGACCAUAUACUUACUGUCAGACGGGCUGACCCAGUGACCUCAAAACACCGUCUCCUUUGGCCCUUCACAAAGCUCAAUCAUCACCAUUUUCCCAACACUUUUCACCUCCCCAAAACCCCUAAUUUUCCCACAGUCUCUCUCCUCCAUAACAACCCAAAAAAAUGGGACUAAAAAAACGCAGCAAAAAACCCACCCUCACCGACGCCGGAGACUCGCCGUCGGUGGGCCCGUUUGUUGAGUUCCAGAACGGUCUUUAAUAAUAGGCGCAAUUCAUAUCGAAAUUGCUGAAGACAACGGCGGAAUUCAUACAUGAAGUUGUUUAUCCUUCGAGGACUAAAAUUUCUCCAAUUCUUACACAACAAAAUUGAAUAAUAGGCGCAUAAGUAUCGAAAUUGCUGCUUUGAGGACUAAAGUGAAGGCUACUUAUGUGACUUUGUUGUGUAAGAAUUGGAGAAAUAUUAAGCUUGUUCAGUGUCAACCUGGACUUGGUGGUGCUAUUAUUCCCAGAUCUUGUAACCAUAUUAAUCAGGUUUCUCCUUCAUUUUCACAUUUCUCACCUCAAGUUGUUUUGUUUCAGUUGGACUUUGUUUUGUUUCAGUUGGACUUUGUUUUGUUUCAGUUGGACCUUGUUUUGUUUCAGUUGGACUUUGUUUUGUUUCAGUUGGACUUUGUUUCGUAAUAUGUAUACCAACUGAAACAAAUAAUGGACCAACUGAAACAAAAAAUGGACCAACUGAAAGAAAUAAUGAGCCAACUGAAAGAAAUAAUGGACUAACUGAAAAAAAAAAUUAAGACUAACUGAAAAAAAUGAAGACUACCUGAAAAAAAAAUGAAGACUACCUGAAAAAAAAUGAAGACUACCUGAAACUCAAGUGAAGUGGUCCGACGAGAAUAUUGUGUCGGACGAGUCCGACACAAUACGAUAAAUGAUAACCUUGCAGCAACAAAGGUGUUGUUGAAAUUGUACUCAUGAUAGUAGUUAUAACGUUUUGGCUUUUACGCUUUUCUACAUACAACUUUGAUCAUUAUACGUCUAAUUACAUAUUUAUGAAAAUUAAUACAAAGUUGAAAUCUUGUGAAUCUA